CAUUUUAACGUAUGGGCUGUCAGUGCGACUUGGGGGGAGGUAAACAAGAUGGCGACAACCUGAGUGGCAAGAGUAACGCGAAUAGUCAGAAAAUCUGUCUUAUACCCCGCUGGACCCCAUUAAAAUAUUUUCUUCACCCCGGAAAGACACACAAGGAGGAAAUAAAAUCUAUAAUGGAAACUGCAUUCAAAUUGAUAUAGGCAUGGAGGACACCUGAGGACGGCCGGACACGUUGGGCGGCUCGGUCGACCUCCAGGAGCCUGGCUGACACAAGAGACUUGACGGAUACUGCUGCAUGCGUUUGGCUGUAGAUCUGUGCUUAGAUCCAGUCCAACUCUGCACAUUUAUGUGUCCCGAGGACAAAUAUGCUUUUCAGCAUGGACCCCAGACAGAAAUGCUUUGCUGCAUGGCCUUGAAGGAUCGGCUGCCUCCUCCUAAGGCUGAAUGGUGUUAGAUUUAUGUAGCACUGACCUAGAGAUAAGGAGAGAAUAACAACAUUUCAGAUUCACAAAUUUUGCUUUCCUGUUGAACUGCACUUGUCACAUAUGUAGUACAUAUUGUACAAUACAAAUCACUAACUGAGCACGGCACACAGCAGGUUCUUCACCUCUGUCUGCACUUCCUGAGUGAAAAGAGCCCUAAUGUUUACAAGUUGGGAUUGAUUCCCCACCUCUAGCCCCGAUUCUCAGGACUGACCUGUCCAUCAUCUGUUCAGUUUUGUUUUUUUUUUGGUCAAUCAUCCAUAUUCCAUCUUGUGGAAUUAAAAUUCUUGGCCCAGAGCUGGAAAAUUACCAGUGGAUUACUAUUCAGCAGUAAUCAAAGCUAUUUGCGAAUACAUUUUGCAAAGGAGGCUGAAGCUGUAGCUGCUUAAGUGUCAGUCAUGAGUACCGGGGAGCUGCAUCAUAUUGACUAUCUAAACGGAAAUGAGCUGAUGGAGAUGGAUACCUUUAUUCACCGCAUUGACUCCACAGAGGUGAUCUAUCAGCCCAGGAGAAAGAGGGCAAAGCUUAUAGGAAAGUACUUGAUGGGGGAUCUGCUAGGAGAGGGAUCUUAUGGCAAAGUGAAAGAGAUGCUGGACUCAGAGACGCUCUGUCGCAGGGCUGUAAAGAUACUGAAGAAGAAAAAGCUGAGGAGGAUUCCCAAUGGAGAAGCCAAUGUGAAAAAGGAGAUACAGCUGCUAAGACGACUCCAACACAAGAAUGUGAUUCAGUUGGUGGACGUCCUGUACAAUGAAGAGAAGCAGAAGAUGUAUAUGGUGAUGGAGUAUUGCGUUUGUGGGAUGCAAGAAAUGCUGGACAGCGUCCCUGAGAAAAGGUUUCCAGUAUUUCAAGCUCACGGGUACUUUUGCCAACUCAUAGAUGGCCUUGAAUAUUUGCACAGCCAGGGAAUAGUUCACAAAGACAUUAAACCAGGGAAUCUGCUGCUGACUACAGAUGGAGCUCUUAAAAUCUCUGACCUGGGAGUAGCAGAGGCCCUUCACCCAUUUGCAGAAGAUGACACAUGUCGCACCAGUCAAGGCUCUCCAGCAUUUCAGCCUCCUGAGAUCGCCAAUGGACUGGACACCUUUUCAGGGUUUAAAGUAGACAUUUGGUCUGCUGGAGUAACACUAUACAACAUUACAACAAGUCUAUAUCCGUUUGAGGGGGACAACAUCUAUAAACUAUUUGAGAAUAUUGGAAAAGGAGAGUACACUAUACCUGAGGAGUGUGGACCCCUCCUAUCAGACUUGCUGCGAGGAAUGCUUGAGUACGACCCUGUGACGAGGUUUUCCAUACAGAACAUAAGGCAACACAACUGGGUGCGUAAGAAACACCCUCCAUCUGAAGCCCCUGUGCCCAUCCCUGCCAGCGCAGAAAGCAGGGACCCUUGGCGGAGUAUGACUGUGGUGCCCUACCUGGAGGAUCUGCACGGCUACACGGAGGAGGAUGAUGACGAACUGUAUGAUGGCGAGGAUGAGAUCAUAUACACUCAGGAUUUCACAGUGCCAGGACAAGUGGCAGAAGACGAUGUGGAUCAGGUGAACGCAGACCACAGUCCACCUGUGGCCAAGCCAGUUUGUGUGAAUGGGACAGAAGGGGUCUCUCUAAACAGCAAGGCCAAACCUGAACGCCGAUCGUCCUCCUCAUCCAACCCGUCACGCAAAGGAGUCUCCACCGCCAGCAAGAUCCGCAAGCUCUCCACCUGCAAACAGCAAUGACCCCCCCCCCCCCCUCCCAUUUCUCUCUCUGCAACUACCCAUCUGGUUUUCCCCAUCCCAGUUCUUCAGUCCGAACAUUUGAGAGAAACCUGUGGAUGCUAAUGCCCCACACCUCUUGGCCUGCUGGCUUGCUAAGUCUGUUGAACAUUGCCGUUUAGCAACGGGGAGGAGGACAGAGAGCACGAAAUGUUCUUCUUGCUCUUUUUUUGGGUUCCUUUCAGCUCUUGUCAUGUUCUUUGUCCCCCUUCAUGCUGUCAUCCCCUCUGGGCGGCCAAAUGUUGCACUGGACGUUACAAACACCAUCGCCCCUCCACCGCCACUUUGUUUCUUUGACUUCCUGUGUUUUUACAGAACCCUAAUUGCAGUUUUUAACACACAAUGUGAUGUUUAAAAAAAGAAAAAUUAAAGAGGAAAACAAUUACGACAAAAGUUAUGAAUAAUUCUAUGUUAAAAUUUAUGAUGACCUUAAUUAUGAUAGUAGCCUUUUAACACCAACAUAAAAACUGCAUGCUGUACAGAGCUGGAAGAGAGAAGUGGACAGACUGACUGAAGCCUAGACACCCACUGCUGAGCUGUUGGAGAUUUUUGUUUUUUAUUUUUUUCUCCUCCUUUUGUUUCCAAAUGAAUAUUUUUUAAUUAUUAUUUAUAUAAAAUAUGUCCCAAACAG